AUGAGGGGCCGGAAGAACCCCGGCGGCCAGAGGCCUCGCCAGGGCCCCCCCACCGGGGAAGAUGCUGCUGCGUUUCCCGCUGCUGCUGCUGCUGCUGCUGCUGCUGCUGCUGACGACGACCAGCCCCUGGUGGUGCCGCAGCGGCAGCCCCGCUGGAUCCGCUUCCUCGCGCGCCGCCUGCGGUGUAUGUACAUCAAAGAAGACAGGUGCGUGGUGGACUGGCGGCAGUCUGCGCAGGCCCAAGUCAGUGUUGCAGUUCCGCGGGCGAGCCGCCGCCACCGGCUGCGGCUCCGGCGGCGCAGGAGGCACCACCAAGAGCCCAGUUCUGCGCAGAACUUGAAUAGUGGCGGCAAGCACUGGCAGGGCCACGGGGCGCUGGAGGAGGCGGGCGCUGGGGUGUACGUACACCCCGCGGAAGAGGUGCGGGCCACGGGCGAGGUCGAGGACAAAGCCGGCUCCGAAGACGCAGACAAACCCAGCCAGUACGCCAGCCCCACAGAUGCAUGCGCUUGCAUGCAAAUGCUCUGCCCCCAAGCGGUCCCCAGGCGGGGGCUGGAGGGGCUGGAGGCAGCAGAAGACGGGGCCAGGACGGCCACUCAGGAAGCAGCAACAGCCACAGCUUCACCCAACAGCGAUCUCGCGGACUCUGCUGCUUGUGUGCUUCCUGCUGCUCCAGCAGCAGCAGCGGGGCCGAAGCCCUUCGGCGGAAGCCACUUGGAGGCGCAGGGCGAGGCCCCGUCCUCAGGAUUUGCUGCAGCAGAUGCGGCAGCUGCAGCCGCAGCUCCCUCGGUUUCCGCCUCUGCUGCAGCCUCUGCUGCUGCUUCGCCGUCGCUUUCUGCUGCUGCUUCCCUUCCAAUCGGGCCUCAGGUGAGCAUGUGGCCGCUGGUGUCGCUCGAGGAGAUGGCGGCGGACGACAUGAGCCGCCUUUUUGAGAAACUUGAGCAGCAGCGCAUGCGCUUCAACAAACUUCAGCGACAAGCAGCAGCAGCAACAACAGACAGCAGCAGCAGCAGCACUUGGGACCGACGCCAGGAGGUGCAGUCGCUCUCUUCUGUCCUUAUCAACGCCUCUGUGCGCUCCAUGUUGGGUUCCGAGGGGCUUAACAUGCCUUGUGUUCAUUCCCACGACGGAAUUCAAGUUUGGAAGGGAGAAUCUGGGGUGGGAAACUUGGCGUGCAGAGCAACAUUUCUCCUGCCCGUUUCACCUCGUUUGUACGCAAGUUUCGCGAGCAACUCCGAUCUGCGGUCUCUGUGGGACAAAAACGUGACGGAGCAGCAUGUGGUGGAGCAGCUGGACGCAGGCCAUGACAUAUGUUAUGUGGCCUUCCGGCGUGUCGCUACGGUGUACCCUCGCGACGUCUGUACACUUCGAGUCAAAUGCAGAUUCAGAACCAACCCGAAAGUAGCAGGAUCAACAGAGGGGCUGCCAGAAGCUGACGGAGCUCUCAGCACCACCAGCAGCAACGGACAAGGAACAGAGGCAGAGGCAGAGGCAACAGCUUAUGCGUCCAUGAGCUGCUCUAUAGACCAUCCUGAUGUGCCGGAGGCGCCGGGUCGAGUGCGAAUGGACAUUCGCGUGAACGCAUAUCUCGCUAAGCCUGUCUGCACGCCCUUUGGCUUGUGGAGUGAAGUCACCCUAUUCAACGAAUCAGACCCAGGCGGUUGGAUACCGGCAGCCAUCACGAGGACCAUGUCGGCGAAGCUGCUGCCUUCUACUGUUGAGAAAUUCUCCGCUCAGAUUAUGAAGCACUAUAACUGUGCCUCAGCACUGGUAAAUAUUGUUCUAAUUGCCGUUUCAUUAUUGCGACAAGUGAUUCACUUCAUGCGGCUGCUGCAGCAACAUUGCUUGGACAGGAUCUGCCACAGGCUUUGCGGCUCGGAAGCUGAAGAUGAAUAA